GCUACAUUGUAACCCUUGUAGCCCCACCCCAGCCUCCCAGCCUGGUUAUCUGAUUGGCCCCCCAGGAGCUUCCCCUGGAGGCCGAGGAGAGGACUUGGUCACGAGCGCCUAAGUUUUUCGCGGAGGAGGAGGAGGGAAGUUGUUGAGCGUGGUGGCCGAAGCAGGCUGUAACUGCAGCAGCCGGUCUGAAACCAGCCCUCUCCCCCGUGAAGGAGCCCGACUGGCCCCUGGGGCUUGGCCAUGCAGGGUCAUCAGCACCCAGAGGAGGGAGAGGAGAAGGAGGAGCCUGGCCCUGAAAACGCCUUUGAGAAGAGCCCCUUCCAGCUGACAGCAGAGGAUGUCUAUGACAUUUCCUACGUGGUGGGCAGGGAGAUCCUGAAAAUAAGCAGCGAGCCCCAGGGGGAGGCGCCCACCAGGGUCGCCCAGUUGCAGUUCAAGAUAGUGAGGAUUCUGGAAAUGCUGGAGGCUUUGGUGAAUGAGAGUAACCUGACAGUGGAGGAGCUGAAGCUGGAGAGAGACCAUCUCAAAAAGGAGGUGGAGGGACUCAGAACGGAGGGUCCUCCAGGGAAUGCAGAGCAGCUGAGCCUUGGACCAGACAAAAUGAUAAUAGAUCUCACAGAUCCAAAUCGUCCACGGUUCACAUUGCAGGAGUUGAGAGAUGUGCUGCAGGAACGUAACCAGCUGAAAGCACAACUUCUUAUUGCACAAGAGGAGCUACAGUGCUAUAAGAGUGGCAUUUCACAGAGGGAGGACCAGGCUGGGCCAAUGGAAAAGGAAUCCACUGUCUGCAGGCAUUCUGGCUCAAGCAAGUCUAAUGAAGAGAAAACAAUCAUAAAGCGUCUGUUCUCUUUUAAAUCCGGAAAACAAAUAUGACUGAGAAUUUAGCCACUUCUGUUCAGAAAGUUGGAGCAUAUAAAGCCCUUGAAAAGGAAUUAAGAGAAGCAGCAUUUGAAGGAAAAGCAUCAGUUUCACUGUGGAGAACAGGCCACAUCUCAAGAACAACAUGUAUUUGUAUACUUCUUUCAGAUUUUGCUUUUUAAAAUAACAUUUCUUACAAUGUUUGUAUUAAGGAGUAAGUGUUUAAUUUCUUGUCUUGUAAAAAAUGGCAGAUUUCUUCUAGACAUUUCCAGGCAGAUGGAGUAUGGAAUAAACCUUUUCUAUAUAGCUCUUUUCAGUCUUUCAAAGAACCAUAUCAAAAUGUAGCCUACAGAAGAAAGAAUAUUAAUUUUUCCACUCACAUCUUGCUGUCUGGGUUAGGGGGUUUUCAAAGGCUAGAAUGAUCUUGCUGAUAUUUUGCUAUAGUUUCACUGUCUGCAACCGUAUUCAUAAAACUAAUUACCAAGACUGAAAAAUACGUUUACAUUUAAAUUCAGCGUGUGUUUCGUCAGUGAUUGACACCAGAAAUGUCCAUAUCUUAAAGCAUCCCAGAAGCUGAAGCAAACUGGAAGUUGCCCAGAUGGUGGUGGUCUUGUGGUUUGUAUUAAAUUAGUCUGAUGUCCUCUG